AUGGCACGUCAAAAUUUUAUUGGGAUGGUCAUCUCGCAGGGGAAGAUGCAGAAGACGGUUAAAGUGCGUGUGGAAACGAAGGUUUUCGACAAGCGUAUCAAUAAAGAAUUGUUCCAUAGAAAGGACUACCUUGUGCACGAUGAGUCAGAGGUUUCUCGUGAAGGUGAUAUAGUUCGUAUUGAGGCUACAAGGCCGCUUUCGAAGCGGAAGUUCUUCUCUAUUGCGGAGAUUAUCAGGAACAAAGGUCAGCAAUUUGCGUUAUUCCAUGAGCAAGCCAAGGUGAAUGUAGCCAAGGAAGAAAAUGAGAAGACCAGGGAGUUUUUGGAGAGAAGACAAGCUAAGCAAGGUAUCGAGUCUACGCUUCUUAAGGAUGUCCGUGCGUUGCAAAAGGCGUAUGCUGAGGGGAACCAGGAUUCUGAAGUUGUGAGCGAGAUCAAGAAGAGGUAUGGGAUCGAGGAGUUCAGUCCCGAGUCGCUGAAGCAAAUACUACAGCUAGAUAUUGUGAGCAUGGAGGCUCAGGUUAAGAAGCAGCAAGCUAAGAUUGAUCAGAUCACUGCUAGACUUGGUGAGUACAUGGAGAACGAGUCUUUGGCCAACGAGUUUUUGAAGUCCAAGGGCUUGGAAAAUCCGCAUGAGUUGAAGAAGAAUAUCAAGAAGAACAUCUUGAGGAAGCAUAUUCUAGAAGAGGUUAACGUAUGA